GACACGGAGUAGGUUUCGUUUCCUGUGAUUAACCCGCCCAGCUGAGGUCUUCUUCCUCAGUGUCCUCUGUAUCCUCUGCAAACAGGCAGAGACAGUGUCGCUCUCUCCUCUCCAGAAUCCGCCGCAUCCGCCCGUUAGAGGAGCUCAGCUUUAAACCGGGAGGACCGCAGACUGAACGCGUCCGUGGCAGUAAUCGCCAGUAUGUGCAAAAAGUUAACCAGCCAACGUAGAUGAUCAGGAAAUAUUAAGCAUCAGUGACCUACACUUGUGAAAAAGGAGGCAGUGCUGUCAUGGCAGAUCAAGGUGAAAUGAAGUGUCAGGAAGAGGAGGAUCUGUCACCUGAUCUACAGGACUGGAGUAAACAUCAAGUGAGACACUGGGCUCUACAACUGGAUGGUGUGGAUGACAAAGUUGCUGAAAUAUUGUUUAAAGAAGACAUCAGUGGGCCUAGUCUUUUGCUUUUAACUACAGCAGACUUAACCGCAAUUGGUGUGACUUUUGGACCAGCUAAACUUCUCAUUCAUGCCAGAGAUGAGGUUGUGAAAUUUAAGAAAGAAGAGCCAGUAAACUCUGGAAACCAGCCUGGAAAACCAUGCAAGCCGUAUCCAUUUUGUAGAUACCAUGAUACAUUCAGAUACAUGGAAAGCAGCAUUCUUGAUGUGACAGAAUCAGGUGCCUCAGACUUGAUUGAACCCUGUCACGAGUAUAAAGCUUUCAUCAAUACAACAGAUGAAAAUAAAAUGAACAAGUUUACCGCUGAGGUCAUUCGCUUUGCAGCUGCCUGCAUGAACAGCCACACCAAUGGCACCAUACAUUUUGGAAUAGGGGACAAGCCGGACUUCACCCAUGGUCAAGUGUUGGGAGUGGUUGUUGGGGACAGAGAGGCUUUUGCAAAAGAACUGAAAUCUGCCAUCAUUGGGCAUUUUGAACAUAAACAUAAACAAGCUGCUCAAACGUGCAUCAAACCUCCUCGAUUUGUUGGAGUUCUCAACAAGAACAUGACGUCAUCUGACAAAUGUGUUAUAGAAGUCGACGUAGUUCCCGAGUCUACGAUCUGUGAAGAAAACAACUACCACAUAAACCCCGUAAAAAAAGGCAAGAAAAAAGGCAAAGGUAAAGAAAGUGAAUCAGAACCAUCAAAGUGUUUCUUUAUCCGUGACGGUGGUAGCAGCACGGAUCUUCUCGCACAACCACACAAGCGAGAGUACGAGCAGUUUUUAGAAAGUGCAGCUCAACGAUCAGAACGCAGGAAGAAAGCAGAAGAAAAGCACCUCAGUGUAAUAAAAAGCAGUACUCAGGGCGCCAUGCUUAGUCGCAUGAUCACUGGUGACUCUCUGACUUUAGAUAAGUCGAAUGUUGAGCAGUAUGUGAUCGUAACUAACAAAUCACAUCCAAGCCAAUUAGAUUUUCUGAAAUUUCUUGUAGACCUGAACCCAACAUGUGUGUUGGACUUUGAUCCAGAAUCGGCUAAACAGGGAUUGCAGCAGUAUUUUGACCAGGAGAGCACUGUAAAUGCACAUUUACCAGCACGGUAUAAAAUCACAGAAGGAGUUGAAGACAUUGCAAACAAGUUGAAAUUAACUCAGAACACCAGCUGGGUGUUCUGCAAUGGAGGCAUUGAGCAUGAGUCACCCUCAGACAUUGACCAGUGGUUAAAGGACAAGGGAGCAUCUGUUCGAGAUGUGAUUUCCUUCCUGUGUCGCAAAGAUGUCCUUCCAAACAAGAGGUUCCUCGUCAUUUUCUUAAUUUUGUCAAGAGUGAGUGAGAAGAUGGACCCCCUUGUGGAGACUUUCAGUACUUUCUGGCAGGAGCUCAGAGGCAUAGAUCAGAUCCUUUGCAUAUGUGACAAUGAGAAAGCAUUUACCUCCUGGAAGGACCUAAUUGAGGCUCGAUGUGGAAUCGACAUCUCUGGUAGAUGCAUAUAUGAGCUCAGCUUUGCAGAAGUCAAUGGAACCAUCCUUAGUCUUUGGUCAGAGAACCGUAGAUCCAGCCGUUUCCUACCCUGUGGUGGGGGAAGCAAAGUGCUAUUUGAGAAGAAAGUGGAGCGUAGCCUGAAUACCUUAGAUGUCCUGUGUGUGAACCAAUGUGAAGGAGGAAAUGAGGAUAAAAUUAUCAUAGAGGAGAACUUCUACAAGGGUGGAAAGGUAACAUGGUGGAAUUUCUAUUUCUCAGAGCAGCCUGGAUCCACGCCGUUUAUCAAACGAGACUUCUUUGACCUCAUCAAGGAUACAAUCAUUCCAGAUUUGUGCUCCCAGAGAAAAGCCUGUGUGUUGUUUAACCUCAUGCAUGUUCCUGGAUGUGGUGGGACAACUUUGGCCAUGCACGUAUUGUGGUCUCUCCGGGACAGAUUUCGUUGUGCUGUACUCAGAAGCAGCAAUGCUGACUUUGCUGAAAUAGCUAAUCAGGUGAUCAAACUUCUCACGUAUGACCAUCAGGAGCAGUUACCAGGUGUCCCUGUUUUGCUGAUGAUAGAUGACUUUGAUGAUAAGGAAAAAGUGUAUGACUUGCAGCAGCUCAUUGAAAAUGAAUGUGAAGAGAAAAACAUUCAGUCCAAGUCUGCACGGGUGGUUCUCUUGAACUGCAUGAGAUCAGAGUCCUCCGAACCGACCGAACAAACUGCAGAUACUGUAUUCAUUGGAAAUAAUCUCUCUGAAAAGGAACAGAAACUGUUUGAGGAAAAACUUGUCGAGAUUGAGAAAACUUACAAGAAUACUGAAACAUUCUAUGGUUUCAUGAUCAUGAAGAAGAACUUUAAGUCAGAGUACAUUGAGAGUGUGGUCCACAACACUCUGAAGAGCUUCAGUAUGAAUCAGAAACAUGCACAACUCCUGGCAGUUUUAGUUCUGUUGGAUGUUUACUGCCGCGGGGCGUCUCUGUCCGUCUCUCUGUGUGAGGAAUUUCUUGACCUCCAACCAAAACCAUUUUGUGGAUCCGUCAAAGUUGAAUGUGGAUUUGGAAAGUUUUCCACUUUCAUUGCCAGCUGCUCAGUUCAGGGUAAGGUAGAAUUCAAAGCUGUGAAAAUGAUCCACUCAAGUAUUGCAAAGCAGUGUUUGGUAGAACUUAAAGCAACACACAAUGUGAAAAAAGCUGACCUCGCUGAUCUUCUGCUGACCACAGACAAGUUUUAUGAGAGCACACAAGGCAAAAGUAAGUUCCUGCAAGAUGUUCACCACAUUCUGGUCAAGAGAUAUUAUGAAUUAGAAGAAUCUCAGUUCUCUCCACUCAUUCAGGACAUUGCAAGCGAAACACCUGGACUGGAAGAAAUGGUGCUGAAAAAUGCCUCAAAGACAUUUGAGAAAGAUCCCAUUGUCUCCCAGUUAAUGGCGAGGUACUACUACCUGAGGAAGAAAGAUUUCUCAGUGGCAAAAUUUUGGGCUGAAAAAGCAAAAGAUCUUUACAAAGACAACUCCUACAUUGCAGAUACAUCAGCACAAGUUAUUAAGCAUGAGCUGAAGAACGCAAUUGCAGAGGGCAAGGAAGAACCCAUCAAUCCAGGAAAACUGAGAGCACUUCUGAAAUUGGCUCAGUCAGCAAUGGAAGCUUUCCGGGAAACACAGAACCUUGCAAAGAAGGAGUCAUUUCAGCGGUUAAAAAACAACACAGACAACUGCACUUUCAACACCUCUGGCUGCCUGGGAGAGAUUCAGGUUGGUGUGCUCAUCACUGAUGUGCUGGCAAAGACUCCUGUGUUCUCUUCUGAUGGUGUUCGCCAUGACAUAAUGAGCCAGGUUCUCUCUGGAGACCUUAAACUUUCCAAGUUAGAAAGGGAUGAUCCUCAGCUCAGCAAAAACAGGCCCUACUACAUCAUUCUGAAAGAGUUUGAGGAUGUACUCCACAACCUCAAAUACAGGAUGAAGGUGAACUUUGACUUCCUUGAUAAUUUUUAUGUGAAUCUGGGCUCCAGAUUUGGAAUGAAAGACAGCCGUGAGCAAAUGUCCCAAAAUGAGCUUUUCAGAUGUUUCAAACAGUAUGCAAAGAUUUUCUGCCAAACAGAUUCUGCAUCUCUUUUGAAGAAUAAACACUUGAAUACCAUGUUUAAACUACACCAGACAAGACAGUUCCUGGAAAAAGAAAAGGUUGACACCUAUUCUGGGAUUCUGAAUUGUCUCUCAAAUGACAUCCCAACAGAAACAAUGGAAAAGAUUGCCAGACAGUAUCUGUUUGUUUGUGAGCGUCAGCCAACAACAAAGGAGAAGGUCAACUUUAUCUAUGUCAAUGUUGUGUUGAGUCGUCUUAAACUGUAUUCACAACAAUUACAGCGAUAUCCAGACAUGAUAAAACUUCUCUACCAAAUCCUUCAUGAGCAAAUCCCACUGAGUGAGAGAUUGCCACUUUACUUCAUUGCAGUUCUGCUGUUAUGGCCAGAGCCAUACAGUCCAUGUAGAGAUCUUGGAAGGUACAUCUCACAGAUGGAGACCCUUUAUCGUGAAACAAUGAAGGAAGUGUACAAUGGCAAGUGUCCCGUUGUCCAUUUCCUCCUGGGGAAGAAGCGUGGCUAUGAACGACUGGUCCACAUUGGAGAAAUCAAAAGGUGCAUCGCGGCUGGGCAGGAACAGUUUGCCUCCAUGUGGGGAAGUGGCAAAAUAUGGAAGGAGAAGAAGGUGGAGGAGCUCCUUUAUAGGGUCACAGGGGAGGUGAAGAGCAACUCCAUCCUGGCAGAUACUGGUUUUCUAGUCACCCCAAUGUAUCGAUGGCAGAUUAGUGGGUACGCAGCGGGGUCAAAGGUGUCAUUCUACAUUGGUUUCUCAAUGAGAGGACCGCUUGCACUUGACAUCGGACAAAGGCUUAAAGGACCCCCAACCACUCUCAAGUGAUUAUGCAUAGUCA